AUGGAUCGGGAUCCAUUAUCUCCCCUCCUUGAUCAAGCCCUGUCAUCGAAACGUCGAGCUGCCAUACUCGACAACAUUCUGGAUAGCCUGACUCACCAUGAGAUUCGGAGAGUGAGGGCUCGCCUCCAGAAUGAGCACUUCCUGUUCGACAUUAUUGGCAAUUUGCCGAUGGAAAUUGUGCUUCUGAUCUUCAAAAAGCUCCCCUUGGUUGACAUGCUACGCCUGCAGAGAGUUUCAUCGACCUGGAAAGCGCUUCUGUCUUCUCGCGACAUGCACUCUGCUAUUCUUCUGGCACGGGGGCUGGUCUGCGACGAUACUCAAGACACGGUUGCUUUUAUAAAGAAAAGGGAUCGAAUCGAGCAAGGUAAAUUCGUAUCAGAAAUUGCCUUCACGCCGCCCCACAUUGGGAUCUUACAGUGGUGCAUGGCCGCGGACUAUUCGGAAGGUCAUUUCGCAUGGAUCGAUUACACAGAAUUCACCCUGAAUGUCCUCAAUCUUUGGACCGGACAACUUAGUCAGUUUGUGACAGAGGAUAGACAGACCUUUUCUCACAUCAAAGUAUCAAACGCCAUUGUAGUGGCGCUUGUUCGACGAACCUGCCAUGUAUGGAAUAUCGAAACCCAUGAAUAUACCAAUUUCCAGUUACCUCACUCCGGCUGGGAGGGCAGGCUCUUGGUUCACGGAACCAAUGUGAUGUUCAUCGGGCCGAACGACUCCAGCGGAAAAGCUGUCCUCAUACACUGGAGCUUUGGGUCGCGUAUUGCACGCACUAUACCAUGGAAGGAUACGAGCAACAUCAGAGUCUUGAUUCUAGACCCAGACGAGGAGAAAUUCAUCGUCUUUCAUAUUAAAGAUCUUCCCUCCAGCCCUUCAGACCCCAGUCUAACAACCUCCUCCAUACCAAACGUGGAGGCACACCUAGAAACCUUCGCACUGGGUGACCGAGAUAGAGGUGGGGUAUUUCGAUCUACAUCAGACCAGAUCAAAAGACUAUUCCUGCGGCGCGAUAGCACUGUGAGAAUAUAUCCUUUCCGCUGCGAAACAUACCCUGGCCAGAUCAACUUCAAUGUCGAAGAAGAGGACUUUAAUGAUGAACUUGAUCCAGAUGAUCCCGAAGCCGAUCAAGAGGAAUUUAAUUACCGCCAAUAUCACACGUGGGCUUCCCAGAGAUUCUUCUCUAUCGAAAGCGACCAGCAGAUUGUCUUUCAUAGGGCCCACACAAUGCGGCCCAUAUUGCCUUCGCGCGAAGAGUUCACAUUCAUUUCUCCAAGCCCGGGUAUUCUUUAUUUUGCCGAGUCCCAGAAACAAUGGGGAGGGUAUGCCAACAGGGUGAUGAUUCUGCAUGCUUUCAAAUCAGAAUGUAAUCUUGUUCGUGAUUAUAAAACUCAUUGUGAGCUCAAGAAGGGGUGUGGAGCUAGAAUCUACGGAGAUGGCGAUUUUGUGGUCUUUGUCAAAGAUGACGAGAUGUCCAUUCAUAGCUUCAAUAAACGGGCGAUUUGGAAUCCCAGCCAGAUAGCUUGGCCAGAAGAGAUAUUGAACCUAAGUCUACCCGAAAAAUCGAGUGAUUUUUGGGCCUUAGUUGGUGGUUCGUCCUGCGCAGCAACAUAUUGGAGGAGAUGGGGGUUUUCUGACCACGUAUACAAAAUUUGGAAGGUCUGA